AUGUUAGGCUUAGCGCCGAACCCGUCGUUCGGAUCGUACGACCGGUCGGUGGCGGCCGUCGACGCCGUCCACGAGUUGUCCGCAUUCUCGGCGACGAGUCUUCCGCUGCCGGCCGUCGAGUCGUUUGAUUUGAAUCACUUGUACGACAACAACGACUCUUCCAAGAAGAUCGACAUCCAUAUGGAUAAGGGAACCACUACUCUGGCCUUCAGAUACAAAGGCGGUGUUGUUGUGUGCGCCGACAGUCGCGCCACUGGCGGUCAGUUCAUCGGCUCGCAGACCGUCCGCAAGAUUAUACCCAUCAAUAAACACCUGUUGGGAACGAUGGCGGGCGGGGCCGCCGACUGCACCUAUUGGGAGCGCGUGCUGUCCGAGAGGUGCCGUAUCUAUGAGCUCCGCAAUCGGGAGCGCAUUUCAGUGGCCGCCGCCUCCAAACUCUUGGCUAAUAUCCUCUACAACUACAAGGGAAUGGGUCUGUCUUUGGGUGUAAUGAUCUGCGGAUGGGAUGACAGGAAGGGUCCGGCGGUCUUCUAUGUGGACAGCGAAGGCCACCGAAUGCCCGGACACCUGUUCAGCGUCGGCUCCGGCAGUACUUACGCUUAUGGUAUUCUGGAUUCGGGCUAUCGUUACGAUAUGAGUGAUGACGAGGCGUACGAUUUGGGCCGACGAGCCAUAUAUCACGCCACACACCGCGACUCCUAUUCCGGUGGUAUCGUUAGGGUGUAUACCAUCAAAGAGGACGGUUGGCAUAUCAUCACCGAAGAGGACAGCAAAGACUUGCACUACAAGUACGCCGACGAGAAGAAGAAGUAA